AUGCCUGCAGGUGCUCUAAUUGGGAAUGAGGGAGCCACAUUAGCCAUGGCGAGGCUUGACUACGCACAUGCACGAGCGGAAAUGUCGGGUAUUCCGCUCGGUGUGGGAGGCCCGCCACCUCCUGGUAUGGACGCGAAACGUGGACGACUUGUCUGUAUCAAAGUCAGAAUGUUGGACGACAGUGUGGCCGUGUUUCAUCUUGGGCACAAAGCACUCGGUCAAACGUUACUGGACGAGGUGGCACGCCAUUUGAAUCUGCUCGAGAACGACUACUUCGGUUUGGAGUGCAUUGAUAACUCGGGAUGCCAUUGCUGGUUGGAUGCAGACAAGCCGAUCUUACGACAAAUCAGCUCACAUAGUACUGAUGCAAAAUUCUAUUUCAUUGUAAAGUUCUAUACACCGAAUCCGAUCGAUCUUGAAGAGGAGUACACGCGGUACUUGUUAACGCUUCAAAUUCGACGUGACUUGUCAAUGGGUGAAUUGCAUUGUGCCGAAACAACAGCUGCCUUGUUGGCUGCAUAUCUCGUGCAGUCUGAAUGUGGCGAUUUCUCCGCUGAAGACUAUCCAGAUGCCACGUAUCUCUCACAUUCACGUUUCAUUCCUCACCAGACUAUUGAAUUUCAACAGAAAGUCAUGGAAAAUCAUAAAAAUCUAGUCAUCGAUUUUUGCGCGCUUUACGCCGAAGCCGACGAUGAUGUCGCAUAUGGAAAAAAUUUCAAACGGAGGAAGAGUAGUGGCGGGUGCCCACUCGUCACGAUCAAAGGGCUAAAGGGAAUGAGCCCUGGUGAAAGCGACUUUGCAAUGCUCGAAGUGGCGCGUCGAUGUGAUUUCUAUGGCAUCAAAUUACAUCCAGCAAAGGAUAUAGAAGGUACGGAGGCUCGCCUAGCUGUGCUUCACCUGGGUAUCAAGGUAUAUCAUCAACUGCAAUGUGUUUCCACGUUCUCGUGGGCGAAGAUCCGUAAGCUCAGCUUCAAACGGAAGAAACUUCUGGUGAAACUCCACCCGGACAGUUAUCAGUAUUACAAGGAAACGAUUCAAUUCGUUUUCGAAUCACGAAACGAAUGUAAAUCGUUCUGGAAAAAGUGUGUAGAGCACCACGCGUUUUUUCGCUGUUCGGCAGCUGACAGUACUCGAAAGGACAGCCGACUGUUCAGCAAAGGAUCAUCGUUCAGGUACAAGAGCCAUUGUAAUUCUGAAACAUGUUGCUUCCUAAUUCAGGAAAGAUCUCCAAACGCAGUGAUCAGUGGAGGGCGGUAUCACGGAAGGACCCAAAAGCAGCUGAUCGACUAUGUUCGGGAACACCAUAAGCGAAGAGAGCCGUUUACGAGACCUCUGCGCUCGGCUGUGUCUCCGCGUUGCGGUCCUCCGUUUGCUGUCUAUUCGAUGGUGUCCGAUCGGAAGAAGAACGGUGGCGCUCACGUCUCUUUACCUCAUCUGCCCAACCAGACGCACACAAUCGACAAUGCAGGUACAUUAGAUGCUCGAGGACAUCGUCAUGAGAGUGAAUGUGCUGAGCGACAGAAGCAUCGUGCGCGACAAAAAAUUCCUGCCAAGGAAUCGCAUGACAAAGAAAAUGUCUCGUUGUCGCUUCCGAAUGUGCUUAGUGAUGACUUACAGGUUGUUUGUAGAGAGCUAGAAGUCGAAAAUACUGAUCCGCCCAAGUCUUUGUCCGGUGAUAACUUUAAUGCGAUGCGACCCGAUUACGACAACAUUAGUGAGGAUUCCUAUAGAUUAUCUGAUCACGAACGGUCCACAAAAUCUGAUGUCGGUGUGCCGUUACGACAAGCACAUAGUACAAACUUUGCAACGAAACGUGUAGGUAGUAAUGUAGUAGUAAAACGUGUGAUCUCGCAAUCUAAAUCCACACCUCAUUCGACGGACGAAGAAGACUCGUCAAGUAACGCGCCGACAACGUCAUCUACCAGUCGGCGUCAUCUGAAGGAAUAUCCGUUCAAUUCGACAAAUUUUGUUCCUAUUGAAAUCGAUGGUCCCAACGUCGACAUAUCUGUUCGUAGAACCACGGGACCAAUCUACACCUCAACUGGAGCAUUGUUGUUGAAACCAAAAGUGAUUUCCAUCCACGAAAGCGAGUACUCGACCGUGAAAGUGGUUCCCGAUCCAACUGCUUCCAGCUCUUUUGCCAUACCACCGCCUUCUGUAAAUCCUCCGAAAGUUGAAGUGCAAUCAAAAGUUGAAUACGGAGCUAAGCGACCACUUCCUGGAAAAAUCAUCACUAAGGAGAAUAUGGUGAUCACUCCUAAUGGGGUUAAGGAACGUGGUCCGAAACCGGCCGUGAUGCCAAAACCGUUGAAAUCCGUUGCCCCACAGCAAACUGUUCCCUCUACGACUACUCCCGAAGAUCACCCAAUUGUGCAUUUAAUCGACCAGACUCUAUCCACGACGUCCUCAAGAGAAGAACCUGAACCAGAGCCCAAGUCCGAGCCGAUCACGAAGGCCCCACCAACGCGUCCAAAACUGAUAUCGGUGAAGAGUGAAGACAGUCCGAAUGUGGAGAAGUGCCACUUGUUCAACAGCGAAAUCCCAUACACCCUUACACUUCGGAAGGUUGACAGUGCUGAAUCACUGUCAUUCCCAACUUUCAAAGAUCGACAUCGAGACUUCGACACGGGUUCACUGCGGAGGCUGUCCAAGAGUCCUGAUCAGUUCAAACGGCGGAAAUCGCUCGACCUGGUUCCGAGAAAGCGCUUGCCUUCGCCGAGAAACUUCUCCUCGCAAGACCACUCCAUUUCGCCCACCACGCCUGAGGGAAACGUCCUCGAUUACGUGAUGAAGCAUCGUUCACUAAGCCAUGAACGAACAGAAAAACGCGGAAAACGUGGCGAUGCUCGACGGCAAACGCAACCAGUACGAUUCGACUUGCCACCGAGUCCAUGCUCGCCAACCGUCAGUGGAAGCACACCAUUCAUCAGUUACCUCAACGAUGACGUCGUCGAUGACAGCGUCUCUGAAUCAAGGAGUCUACACGAUGAAAUGGAGAAGCUCGAAAGCGUACCCAGCGCAAGCUCUGUAGAUCAGAAAGACGAUUCAGAAGGCAGCGAAUCCUUGCCUCCACCACCGCCAGAGGCAGUCAUUCCAAAACCGCCUCCGCCACCACCCCCACCGAAACCGAAGGCGGUAUCGGAUCAUGUGGCCGACAUGAAGACAUCAGUGAUCAUGACAUCCGUUGUGAAAGCGCCAUCCACAGAAGGUUCGUCGGGUGCGCCGCCAAAGUCUGACGAGCAAAAUACGCCUUUUAUCGACGAAUCACCAAAAGGCUCCGAUGAAACGUUGCCGGUUUCUCGUCGAACUGAAACGGGAUUACUCUGGACAGACUUCUAG